UCACGUCCUAUCGAUAGGAACGGUCGUCCAUCUUGAAUAAUCGAUAAUGAAACAAUCAUCGGUGGCCAACGUUCGAUAAUCGCAAUUACUAGUCGCGAAGUUGUUAUAUCGAUAAUUACCUAUCAUGGACGAUCAUUGUUUCGUUCGCGAUUGUAGAUCUUCUCUUUUUUUUUGUUCUUUUUAAAAGAUCGUAGAAAUUUAAUUGAAUGAAAAUGAAAUGGAAAGAGGUUCCUUUUUCGUGAUAGAUUUAAUCGAGCGAAGAAAAAAAUAGUGAAUGGCGGUGUGUUAAGUGGUGUGUUGCGUAGUAAUGUGAGGUUAUAAGGAACGAGUGAAAAAUUCUUCAACAGUACGUUCUCGAGAUUAAAAAGUUCGGUAUAACGAAAUUCUCCUCUCUUUCUCUCUCACUCUCAUUCUUUUUGAAAAGAGUGGUAAGAGCUUAUCGGAACGCUUAAACGCGAUCCACAUUGCCGGUUCUCUUGAGCGGGCGAGGACAGUCGGUGCAUUGAGCCGGCUUAAAUACGACGUUGCGCAGAGACAUAGGAGGCGUGGGACAGACUAAAAGAGAAAGAGAGACAGAGAGAAAGAAAGAAAAAAAGAAAGAAAGAAAGAGACAGACAGACAGAGAGAGAGAGAGAGAGUAAGUAUAAGAGAAAGAAGGAAAGAGAAAGAGAAUGUACAAGAGAAAGAAAGAAGGAAAGAAAGAAAGAGAAAGAGAGAGAGAAAGAAGAUAUGAGAGAGAGAGAAAGAAAUACAGAAAGAAGGAAAGAUAGAGAGAGAGAGAAAGAGACAGAAAGAAGGAAAGAUAGAGAGAGAAAGAGGUUAUGUACGCACGCAUGCACGAAGUUAGAGAGCGCGUGUGGCGAUUCCGCGGGUUCGUGCCUUUCGUACUCGCCGAGGGCUCCUCAGUCCGUCUCGCGAACUCGGCGCCGAGGGAAUGCGGCUCCUCCUCGGACGGCGCCCUCCCUGCAACAGCAGUCCCAUCUGUGAUCUACCUCUGAAUAAUAAUAAUAAUAAGAAUAAUAAUAACAAUAAUAAUAAUAAUAAUAAGAAUAAUAAGAAGAGGAAAAAGAAGAGGAAGAAGUGGUGGAGAAGGAGAAGGAUUCGAAUAAACAGAGAUAGAGAAAUAUAGAAAGAUUCGCGCUAUCUAUUUUCUCUCGCUUUAUCGGCCGCGUUACUCCUACGAUCUCGUAUCUUUCUUCUUUAUCACACUUACCGAGGACUAUGUGAAUAAGAGAAAGAUAGAUAGAUAGAAAAGAGUUUUUUUAAUUGAACAAUUAACGAACGCGAGUGUGUUGUUAUUCGAGAAGAAAAAGAAAAAGUAAAAGGAAAAGACAUUCGAAGAAGAAGGAGGAGUUGGAACGAUCUGAAAGAUAUCGGAAUCGUUGAGAAUUAAUGAAUGAAUGAAUAAAAGAAAGAAAGAAAGAAAGAAAGAAAGAAACGAACAAACAAACAAAGAAGGGAUUAAUUAAUUAGUUAAUUAAUUCAUUAAUUAAUUAAAUAGAAGAGGAAAAGUGAAAUAAGAGAUUAUUAUCAGAAAAGAAAAUGGAGUGCUCGGAGGCCGAUGCCGAAGCUGCUAGCUCCAAUGCUGUUGACUCAGAUGGAUCCGUCAGCUGGGAGGAUUUCUUUGGUACGAGUACAGACCUGGUGCCACAAUUAUUGGGCAUGUUCGACGAGCUGGCACGUCGUGGAAACGGUUACGAGGAUCACCAAGUAGUCCUCUCAGCGUCUUGUAAUAUACCAGCGGCUUUGCAGAAACGAUUGAGUUUGGUACCGCACUCACAACGAGGUUCCAUAUUCGGUCAGCUUUGUGGGGAGGCUACGAAGAAAGGUAGUAGCUGUAAUAGCGGUAGUAAUAGUAAUAGUAAUAAUAGUCACCGGGAUAAGAGCGUGGAGAUGUGUGAGAGAACGGAAGAUACGGAUACGACAAGUACGAUAGACGUUGUGGUAACUCAACAUGGUGUUGACAACAACAACGACAACGACAACAACAACGACGACGAUAACAACAACAACAACAACAACGACGACGAUGACGACGACGACGACGAGGACGAGGACGAGGACGAAGAGGACGACGAGGAGGAGGAAGAGGAGGAGAGAGAGAGAGAAAGAGAAAGGAGGGAGGUGGUCAAAGUAGAAAAAGAAAAUGAUGGAAAUAGAUUGUCGAUCAACGUUAUCGUGCAAGACGAUAAGAAGAAUUCUUAUGUACAAGAAACAAACAGCAAGAACGCCAAUGGAGGAACGCUUACUCAGCUUAGGUAUAAAAGAAGAUGUAGAAGUGGAAGACCAUUGUCUGGUAGUUCGAUAGCCUCUAGUACAUCGUCGAGUGGCUGUAGCAAUCAGGGAAAUCCAUCGUCUGCGACUAAUCCAUAUUUGGCUUCUGUCGAAUCAUUAGCUGAUACCUGUGCCAGUUCUCAAGGUUCAGGCGAUAGCGGAGUAGUCACCGUAUCCGAAGCCAGCUGUCGUAUUGGUAAUGUUACCAAUGGUCAAAGAAGGGACAGUGCUGAAGGGGACACUUCCUCCUAUCGACCACGUUAUUGCGAUCCACAUCGUAAUCCCGUGGAAAGAGUAUUGCUUGAAAUUGUUGAUACCGAAGCUAUAUAUGUUGAACACUUGCGACAAGUUAUACAGGGCUAUCUCAUAUUUUGGAGAGACGAUCCCACGUCGUUCGUACAUCAGCUACAACUGAGCGACUUGUUCAGCAACAUCGAGGACAUUUUCAAGUUCAACAGAGAAUUCCUAAAAGAAAUCGAGAAAUGUGCUUUUGAUCCAGUUUGCGUGGCUAACACUUUCAUCAAGCAUAAUUCAGGAUUUAAGGUUUAUACCGAAUACUGCACGAAUUAUCCCAGAACUGUCUCUGUGUUAACCGACUUGAUGGGACAAGAGGAAACGGCCAAAGCGUUUAGAGAAAGACAGGCAGCUUUAGAUCACGCGUUACCUCUGGGAUCAUUUUUGUUGAAGCCUGUUCAAAGGAUUCUCAAGUAUCACUUGUUGCUAGAGAAUUUAUCGAAAGAGUAUGGGGCAGGUUGUGACGCAAGAGAAAACGAGGCAGAAGGAAGAAGUGCAAUCGAGGGUGCACUUGCAGCGAUGACUGGCAUCGCAAAACAUAUUAACGCGAUGAAGAGAAGACACGAGCACGCAGUAAGAGUUCAAGAGAUUCAAUCGCUUCUUUAUGGAUGGUCCGGACCGGAUUUAACUACCAGUGGUGAACUUAUAGCUGAAGGUCGCUUCAGAAUGAGAGGAGCAAAAGCACCGAGACACGCUUUUCUCUUCGACAGGAUGUUACUUCUUACCAAGAAAAAGGAAGAUGGUUUAUUGGUCUACAAGGCUCAUAUCAUGUGUUCCAAUCUGAUGCUGAUCGAAAGCAUCCCAGGAGAACCAUUAAGCUUUCAUGUGAUACCCUUUGAUAAUCCAAGGUUGCAAUAUACAUUGCAGGCACGCAACCUGGAGCAAAAGAGGGAAUGGACCUUGCAAAUAAAAAGAGUAAUCCUUGAGAAUUACAACGCUGUUAUACCUUCUCACGCCAGGCAGCUGUUUCUACAACUUGGUCAGACUCAACACGAAGACGAUUCUCCGACCGACAAAAGCUCGGCGAAAAAGUUAUACUCGGCGCCGCCGGAAUAUUUAGAGAAACGUAAGCAAGAAAGAGAAAGAAGAAGAUCAGAAACUGGUAUAAGGCAUAAGUUCAAAAAGAGUACAAGAAAAUCUGAAUCACCUGCUAUCGCUACCGAGGACUCACCGGCAUCGUUAAGGAAAAAUCCUAAUAACGAGACUGAAAUGCACGACUCGAGAGAUCAGAAUCUUAACAGGUGUUCCGACGGACGUACUCUCAAAGUAAAGGAUCGUUUCACCGGUUGGAGAAGAAAAUCAGAGCCAGGAUUUCAAUCUUACGUUUCGUUGAAUCAAUCGGACGAGGAUCAGAAAGAGGAGACGGCUGAUAAUAUGGAAACGACUUUGGUUGAAUCUGAUCGUACGAUCAAUACCAGCAACGAGGAGAACAAGCCAACAAACUCUCAACAAGUUGAAACCAAAGAGAACAACGAACAACAGACUGCAACUACUACUACUACACCAGCAGUGGCCCAAACGGUUGAAGAAAUAGUUGGUCAUAUCUUAAUGCAGAAUCAGGAGUUCCAAAAGUUGUUGGAAAAACAGAGAACGAGUAGUAGUAUAAACGUGAGACAACAGCAAAGAUUCAACAAGAGAAUAUCAGCUGACACUUCGGAUGAAAGCGAUUGUGAGAACGCUAAUUACGUUGGUGGAACGUCGAACAAUCGUGUCCGUGCGUCUCAUCGUGAAACCCAGAGAUUGGUGAGAACGAACAACGCAUGGAACUCAUUGUCCUCUGCUAGUACGCGUGACACACCACAGCCAGCUCUAAGGUUGCUCUAUGAUAAUUUAAAAUCAUCGGAUGGUAAGACAAGCGUACACGAGACAUUGAAUACAAAGAACAAUGUAAAUCGUGUACACGAAAAGAGAGCUCUUUUCGAAGCUUUCAAAAGACAAAGUAUCGUGACUGAGAGUAAGAUAAUAAAGACGGCUUUGAGGAUCAGAGAGAACUCUACAUCUGCCAACGAGGAUUCAAACGAUACUGGUAUACGUGGUAGUAACGAUCAGGAUUAUUCGGAGAAGGCUAACGAAGUUCAACCGAGUCCCGAACGAAAGGACAAGCCCAAUGAUAUCAAUCAACAGGAUAUCAUCAAAGAAGCUGACGAAUCAAAAGGUUUCGGUAACUACGAUAAUCUCCAACAUGUUUGGGAAGGUCUUCAAGAGGAACAAGACGUUAAUGGAAGUGACAGUCCAACAAGGCCAGCCGUUUGGUUGACCAAACUCUGCGAAGGUUUACCAACUUCACCGCAAAAGUGUGGUUCCUUGCCUCGUAGCUUUCAGAUCAAUCCAAACUCGCAACUUAGCGUUACCAAAUCUCGAUUUCUUCAAAGAGAUGGUAAACCAAUGACCGAGAGACCUUUCACUAUAGCCUCGGACAAGCCCGCCGAGAUAAAUCUCGAGGAUAUGGAAAGAUACGCUUCGAGUUGUCAGCCCGAAGGUAGGAUUGCCAAGUUCCCAACCUCGGUUUCUACUUCAACAUCUACGUUUUUCUGUUCGCUCGACGACACUCUGACAGACGCGUAUUCCGAAAUUCACAUGGUCUCACCUACUACGACCAACAUUCAUCCCGAUCACAAAAUCUAUCGAGCUACUAACGGUAGUACGAGGUUCAAGAACGUAUUGUCGAAGGCUGGGAGUCGUUUGCAAGGUCUCAGGAAUACUCUCAGCACCGAAACUCUGGAAUGUAGCGAAGAAAUAGAAAGAACUAAAUACUUUCGUUCGUUGAGCAAUGGAAAAUCAAAGAGAAAGGGCAAAUCCAAACAUUCUAGAGAAAGUUCUUCGGACGUGGAGGAACUGGUUGGUUGUGUACCAGCUGCUGGACCAACCGAUUAUAGGAUACCAUCAUUGUAUUAUAAACAAGGAAGUUCUAGUUUGGGUGCACGUAUAGCACAGUCCGAUUACGCAGACCCUACUGUUCUCUUUGCUGAAAACAAACGCAAUGGUAGUAACGAGGAGACGAGAAAAAUAGACGAGAACGCGAAAGAAAAUGAAAGAAAUAAGGAAGAAGAGGAUGAGGAAGACGAGGAGGGAUCUUCUAGAGAAACUAAUCGUCGUGAAAGCGAGACCGACAGUUUCUACGAGAGAUCGUUCGAAAUUAUUGAGAAUUAUGUUGACGUUGAUGGCGAGGAAGUUUUUAGGGACAGUGCAAUAUUCAGUGACGCUGAUGAUGUUCUUCUAAUGCGUACAGAUAUUGGUGGAGGAGAGGAAGGAGGAGGUGGAGCUACUACGUCAGCUGGUAAUAAACAAAAAGUCGCACCUCCGGUUCCUGCGAAAAAAAAAUUAGAAUGUUCAUCAGUGUCAACUACUGUAUCGAGUAUCGUGCAAGAAAGUAAUAUAGUUGGCAAGCCUUACGUAGCACAGAAACCUGAUUACCUAAAGAUAAAGUCGAUCUUCUUGAGAGCACAGAGUAGUAGUAGUAGUAGUAGUAGCAGUAGUAGUAGUAGUAGUAGUAAUAAUAGUAAUAGUAGUAGUAGUCCAGAAGGUAAAAUUUCUUCGAUUAGGUCGUCCUUUGUAAAAAGAGACGUUGACAGAAAGUGUAUGACGAAUGAUGUUGCAUUGAAUGAAGGAUCCGGCGAUACUGGUAACGAUGAUAAGGAUGAUGUAUCAGCUGGACAGAGUCAGGCUGGUUGGGUUAAGAAAAUAGUUUGUCAAUUGCAAGGACACGUUGAGACAUAAUUAAUAAUCUUUUAAGGUUUUUUCCUGUUGAAUUACAAACUGUAAUUUCUUUUUUUUUUUCUAUCUCGUGUCUUUCAAAAUUAUUCCAAAACGUAAUCGACUGUCUAAUAUUUUUUUAUUAUUAUUAUUAUAUUAUUAUUAUUAUUAUUAUUAUUAUUAUUAUUAUUAUUAUUAUUUUAAAGGAAUUUUAUCCCAGUUUUAUCUCUUUUCUCUCUCCUUUUUUCUUAUUUUUUUCCUUUCCUUUUUUUUUUUUUUUGAAGUUAGGAAAAUCAUUGUUGAGUCGUUUGAUUCGUUUUACAUUUCACGGGUUGAUCUCUGUUUUACUGAAUGAAAUUUCAUAAGUAAAUGUUUAUGAAAAAAAAAAAAAAAAACUCGAGGGUGUACUCGAACGUUCAAAUUUUUCGUAUGAUCUUAUUUUAUUCUAUUUCUUCUUUUUCUAUUUUACGUAUUAUCGAAAAUGCCAAGUACUGCCCAUUUUUUUUUAACUUUAAUUCGUAUAGAAAGUACAAUUGUUAUUUAAUAAGGAUAUAAACGUGACGAUUUUUAUUUUUCUUUUUUUUUUUCCUUUUUUAAAUUGUUAAAAGAUCUCCAAUAUAUAAAUUAUUUUUAUUUUUUCUAAAUCUUCUUGGAUGAAAUUAAAUUAACAUUUUCUUUCAUGGAUCUACCUUUUUUUAUUCUUCUCAAGUAAGAGAAAAAGUUCAUCUUUCUCUUUUUUAAAUAUUCUGAUAUAUUUAGAUCUAAUCCAAGAACGAUUUCAAUGAGUAUACCUUUGUUCUCUGUUCGAAGAAAAAAAAAUAAAAAAAAAAAUUAAAAAAAAAAAACAAGAAAAAAAAAUUAAAAAAAAAUAAUAAUUGUGUUCAAAUAGUAAGGUACAAUGUAACGUUAUCUAUUCAAAAUCAAAGGAAUAAUAUUGUAUGAAGGAGUAACAACGUUACUUCACGUAUGUUUUUUAAGGAUAGAUUAUGUUAUUUUGUAUAAAGCUAAGAACUAAAGAGAGAGAGGACUAUACAUUGUUGUACCGUAAUGUGCUGUUAAUGUAUAUAGUAAUAUAAUUUUUGUAAAAUUUCA